GCGGGCACCGUGUCAUCUGGCACGGCAGUGGGCUCUGAGUCAACAGGCACGACAGCGGGCACCGGGUCAUCAGGUACCGGAUUGUCUGGCUCGACAGCGGGCAUCGGGUCACCAGGUAUGACAGCGGGCACUGGGUCACCAGGCAUCAGGUCAUUUGGCUUGCCAGCGGGCACCGCGUCAUCUGGCAAGGCAGUGGGCACCGGGUCACCAGGCAUUGGAUCGUCUGGCUCGACAGCGGGCAUCGGGUCACCAGGUAUGACAGCGGGCACUGGGUCACCAGGCAUCAGGUCAUUUGGCUCGCCAGCGGGCACCGCGUCAUCUGGCAAGGUAGUGGGCACCAAGUCCCCAGGUACGACAGCGGGCUCUGAGUCAAUUGGCACGACAGCGGGCACCGGGUCACCAGGCAUUGGAUCGUCUGGCUUGACAGCGGGCAUCAGGUCACCAGGCAUCAGGUCAUUUGGCUUGACAGCGAGCACCGCGUCAUCUGGCAAGGCAGUGGGCUCCGAGUCAACUGGCAUGAUAGGAUCGUCAGGCUGGAUAGAGGAUUCAGGCUGAGUAGAGGCUUCAGGCUGAACCACGGAAGGCAGGUUCACCGGUUUGGAUACUGGCA